AUGAUGUUUUUCUGGCGCUACUCCUGGCUUGCAGGCUUGAUCGGUCCGGCUAUUGCUGCGACACCGGCCGAAUGGCGUACUCAGUCGAUUUACUUUAUGCUCACGGAUCGGUUUGCGAGAACUGAUAAUUCGACAACUGCUAGUUGUGAUUCGUCAAUGGGGCAAUACUGCGGGGGAUCAUGGCAAGGAAUUAUCAAUCAGUUGGAUUAUAUUCAAAACAUGGGCUUUACUGCCAUUUGGAUCACUCCCGUCACCGAACAACUGCCCCAGUCCACUUCUGAUGGAGAAGCAUACCACGGCUACUGGCAGCAGGACAUCUACUCGAUUAAUUCCAACUAUGGUACCGCGGAAGAUCUCAAGGCUUUAGCUUCUGCCCUUCAUGAUCGCAACAUGUACCUUAUGGUGGAUGUUGUGACCAACCAUAUGGGCUACGCAGGCGCUGGCAAUGAUGUAGACUAUAGUGUCUUCAACCCUUUCAACUCUGAGGACUACUUCCACGCCUACUGUGAAAUCACCGACUACAGCAAUGCAACUAUGGCAGAACAAUGCUGGGAAGGUGACACUACUGUGUCUUUGCCGGAUCUUAACACGGAGUCUGAGACUGUUCAAAACAUCUGGAAUGACUGGAUCACCGAUCUCGUCUCCAAUUACUCUAUUGAUGGUCUUCGAAUUGACUCGGUUUUCGAAGUUCAGAAGGACUUUUUCCCUGGAUUUGAAAAGGCAGCCGGCGUCUAUUGUGUUGGAGAAGUAGACAACGGUGAUCCGACUUUGGUCUGUCCUUACCAAGAUGUUUUGGAUGGUGUUCUUGAUUACCCCACGUACUGGCCCCUUCUCCGAGCUUUUGAGUCCACUAGCGGCAGUAUCAGUGAUCUCUACGACAUGAUCAACACUGUGAAAUCCGACUGCGCUGAUUCCACCCUCUUGGGAAGCUUUGUCGAAAAUCAUGACAACCCACGAUUUGCCUCUUACACCGAUGACAUGUCUCUCGCCAAGAAUGCCGCCGCUUUCACUAUCAUGUCUGAUGGUAUCCCUAUCAUCUACGCAGGUCAAGAGCAGCAUUACGAUGGCGGUGCUGUUCCAAACAACCGUGAAGCUGUCUGGCUAUCUAAGUUUGAUACCAGCAGCGAGUUGUAUACGCUCAUUUCUCAAGGAAAUGCCAUUCGUAACCAGGCGAUCUACAAGGAUGCCGAUUACAUCACUUACAAGAACUACCCCAUCUACCAAGAUGAUACCACCCUGGCAAUGCGUAAGGGCUACAAUGGCACUCAGACCAUUACUGUCUUGUCGAACCUUGGUAGUGGUGGAAGCGAGUAUACCCUCUCGCUGUCCGAUACAGGAUUUGAGGCCGGUUUGAGCGUGACUGAAAUUAUCACCUGUGCGAGUCUUACUGUUGAUGACAGUGGAGAUGUGCCUGUUCCUAUGAACAGCGGAGAGCCACGGAUUCUAUACCCUAGCUCUGCGCUUGGAACUACCCUUUGCUCUUCUUAG